UCCUCAUUCCUAUAAAGCUCACUCUCGCAGGUCAUGAUAUCGUUUCCCCUGGAGGACUUGAUAUCGGUCCCUCUGCAGCGUUUAGUCCCUCUUGCUCUGCGACGCUCGAUAUCGUUCCCUCUGCAUUGCUUGGCCUCACUGCUUUCGUAUUUCACCAACCUCGCCAUGCCGAACGACUUUCCCAGCGCCCUCGACUCUGCUGCUCCCGUCCUCGAGAAAACCAAGGACUGGACUGAAAUCGCAGCGGCCAAACGCGCUGCUCGCGAUGCACUGAUUCCCGAAGCCUGGCGCCUUCCCGACAAGCCGGAAUACACCGACGAGACUUCCCCUGCCUACCUCCUCGACGUCACCGGCGUCCCCGCAUCCUGCGGCAUCCUGACCGCGGACGAGCUCACCAUCACGGACGCGCCGGCGGACGAGAUCCUGCGCAAUGUGCACUCGGGGAAGUGGACGGCGCGUGCGGUGGCGGAAGCGUUUUGUAAGCGAGCAGCGGUGGCGCAGCAGUUGGUCAACUGCUUGACAGAGAUCUGCUUCGACGAUGCGCUGAAGCGCGCGGACGAGCUCGACACGAUCUUCAAGGAGACGGGGAAGCCAGUUGGCCCAUUGCAUGGUCUUCCGGUCUCUCUGAAGGACUGCUUCAAGGUGAAGGGGCUUGAUACGACGGUCGGAUACGUUGCCUGGUGCAACGAACCCAUGGAGGAGGAAAGUCUCCUCACCAGCAUCUUGCGCGAGACUGGCGCUGUUGUCUACUGCAAGACGAACGUCCCGACCGCGAUGAUGAUUGCGGAGACCUACAACAAUGUCUGGAACCGCACGCUCAACCCGUAUAACAGACGGCUUUCGCCGGGUGGAAGUAGCGGAGGCGAGGCUGCGCUGCUGGCCAUGAAAGGCGCACCGCUGGGUGUAGGCACCGAUAUUGGGGGCUCCAUCCGGAUCCCGGGGACGUGUGCAGGCCUCUAUACCCUUCGACCGUCCCUGGGUCGCUUCCCUACGCUGGGAGCACGAUCCGGCAUGGCUGGACAAGAAGCCAUCCACUCUGUCAACGGGCCCAUGUCGCGCUCCCUCUCCGCCCUCAGCACCUUCGCCUCCGCCGUCGUCUCUACCCAGCCCUGGCUCCGUGACCCCAAGUCCGUCCCCAUUCCCUGGCGCCCCAUCACUUUGCCUGAGAGGCUCUGCUUCGGCCUCAUCGCCGACGACGGCGUCGUGCGCCCCAACCCGCCCGUUCGCCGCGCGCUCGCCGCCACCGUCUCUGCCCUCCGCGCCGCCGGACACACCGUCAUCGACCUCCCGCCGCUCGACCACGCCGGAGGAGACGACCUCCGCCGGCAGUGCUUCCUCGCCGACGGGGGCACAAGCAUCAAGAAAGUCAUCGAGGAGGGUAAGGAGCCGUGGCCGCUGGGGCUAAGGGAGUACGGGGAGAAGGGGACCCCGCACCCGACGACGUAUGAGAUGUGGCAAAUUCACUUGAAGAGGACGGCGUGGUGUCAGAGGUAUCUGGCACAUUGGGCGGCGACAAGGGAGAGGACAGGAACGGGGAGACCGAUUGACGGGAUUAUUAUGCCCACGGCGCCGUAUGCGGCGAUUCGACAUGACAAGUGGGAGUAUGUGGGCUACACGGCCGUGUGGAACGUCUUGGACUGGUCUGCUGCGACUGUACCCGUGUUGCGAGCGGACCCGGCCAAGGAUCCAGCGGAGCUGGAAUACGCACCGCGCAACAUCUUGGACGAACACGCCUGGAAGGAGUAUGUUCCAGAGGAAUAUGAAGGAGGUCCAGUAAGUGUGCAGGUCGUCGGCCAAAGACUAGAGGAAGAGAAGGUUCUGGCACUCUGCGAAGUCGUAGAGAGGUCCCUUCGAGAGGCAGGAUACCGCUACGAAGAGAUCUUCGGGGAGUCCAGCAAGUGAUGCUGUAUCCACGGACUACGGUGACAGCAGCGCUCAUGGGCUAACAACAAACAAGUUAAGUGUUGCAUUAGCGUAUAGGGCUGUCCGGCCGCAAUAUGUAUACUAGGUGAGAAUGAGAGCAAGAACGAGUGCGCACAGGA